CAAAUAUAAAGAAGAAGAGAAUUGUAAAAUACGUAAAUCUUUUGUGCGAUAAACAAAAGACAAUUUUUUGCCUGUUGCUGUACUGCUUUUAUUGGCAUGGAAGGCAAACGAGAAAGAAAGUCCUCUUUGGCACCACUCUCGCCAUGUCCCAUUCCUGAUAUAACAGACGAUGAGCUGGUGACCAUCUCUGUGCGGGAUCUAAAUCGCACGUUGAAAAUGCGUGGACUUAACCGUGAUGAAAUUGUUCGUAUGAAACAAAGACGUCGUACGCUUAAAAAUCGUGGCUAUGCAGCUUCAUGUCGCAUCAAGCGAAUUGAGCAGAAGGAUGAGUUAGAGACCAAGAAAUCGUAUGAAUGGACUGAAUUAGAAACCAUGCAUGAGGACAACGAGCAAAUACGUCGAGAAGUGGGCAACUGGAAGAACAAAUACAAGGCGCUGCUACAAUUUGCUAUUCAAAAUGAUAUACCAAUACCAAGCGAGCUGGAAGGGUGCUAGAGAAGGAACCUUUUCAUUCCAAUUCAAAAUUUAAUCUAACACACCUGCAAUAAUAGUACAAUAGCUACAAUUUGAUUUUAACACUUUUUCUAUGUUUUGUAACGCAAUAUAAAAAGAAAUCUAAGCUCUACGACAAAUAAAACACCCUGUCCUAAAAUAUAAA